GCGAAUCUUCAAAAUUGGCUGAGGGCUUGACAGGUCUGAACUGGUGGAACAACAUCUAUGAAGGCCCGUGACUAAAGAACCAAGAACAGAGAACAGGAAGAGAAACAAAAAAGCAGGUGUUAUCCCAAAGGGAUGACAGGAGCAGCUACAGACGUCUUACUCAGAAAGGCUGGACAGCUCCCAAUGUAUCUCCAGUUAGAAAAGGAAAUCUGAAACCUUUGGACCAAGACCUGUCUUCUGCUCAGGAUAAAGCCGAAGGCUGAGUUUAGUGGCUACUCUAAACACUCAAAGAUAGAGUUUCUGCCAAGAAACAUACUUAGAGAAUGGAGCAGGAAGUGGCAAGAGAAGAAGGAGAGCGGAAAGAAGGUUUGAUUGAGUUUUAUGAUUCCUUCAAGGAUAUGUUUGAGUUCUUCUGUAAGAACACGACAAUCCAUGGCACCAUCCGCCUUGUAUGCUCAGACAGCAAUCGGAUGAAAACAGCUUUUUGGACUCUGCUCUUACUUGCCAGCUUUGGCAUGUUAUACUGGCAAUUUGCACUUAUGUUCAGCCAGUACUGGGCCUACCCUGUUGUCCUGACCAUGUCAAUGCAUUCAGAGCCCAAGAUGUUUCCAGCAAUUACCAUCUGCAAUCUGGACCCCUACAGGUUUGAACUGGUUAGUGAACAUUUGGUUCAGUUGGAUCACAUGGCGGAGGAAUCGAUCGCUUUUUUAUAUGGCAUCAACACAUCAGCCAGCUUAUUCCACGUGAAUGAGAAAAACAUCCACAUAAAAGACUUGACCAGCAUAGGCAAUCUCAGCAGAUCUAGCUUCAAGCUCAGCCAAAACUUCUCACUCUUGAGAAUGUCUGACCACAAUAACCGGUCAGGGAAGAAGCAUUCCAGCGUGGGCUUCAGGCUGUGCAAUGCCACAGGUGGGAAUUGCUUCUACAAGACCUAUUCAUCUGGGAUGGAUGCAAUUCUUGAAUGGUACAGGUUUCACUACAUGAAUAUCAUGUCCCAGCUACCAGUUAUAAUCAACAUUUCUGAUCAUGAGGAGCAAAUAGAAGAUAUGGUCUACUCCUGUCAGUAUGAUGGGGAGCCCUGCAGACCCAGUGACUAUGUUCACUUUCACCACCCAGUCUUUGGAAGCUGCUAUACUUUUAACAGCAAGGGAACAGACUCUUUUUGGACAGCUACAAAACCAGGAAUUCCUUACGGACUUUCCCUUAUCCUGAGAGCAGAGCAGAAGGAUCACAUCCCACUCUUGUCUACAGUAGCAGGUGUGAAAGUGAUGAUACACAACCACAACCAGACACCAUUCCUUGAGCACGAAGGCUUUGACAUCAGACCAGGCAUUGCAACUACCAUAGGCAUUCAGCAGGACGAGGUGAAUCGCCUGGGUGGCAAUUAUGGGAAAUGCACAACUAAUGGCGAUGAUGUGAAUGUUAAACUCCUGUACAACAACUCCUACACCCUGCAGGCUUGUUUGCAUUCCUGCUUUCAGCACAUAAUGGUUCGAAAAUGUGGCUGUGGAUAUUACUAUUACCCACUGCCUCCCGGUGCUGAAUACUGUGACUACAACAAGCAGCCCGCAUGGGGUCACUGCUUUUACCAGCUGUACAACAGGCUCAGAAAUCAUCACCUGAAUUGUUUUGACCAGUGCCCUAAGCCUUGCCGGGAAUCCCUGUACAAGGUGUCUGCUGGGACAGCUAAAUGGCCAUCGGCAAAGUCUCAGGACUGGAUCCGCCAGGCUCUAAGGCAUCAGAACGGGUACAACUCUACCAGCAACAGGAAGGAUAUCGCCAAGGUGACUAUCUUCUACCAGCAACUCAACUACCAGUCUGUGAACGAGUCUCCUUUACUCUCAGAGAAUCUGCUUCUGUCCAGCAUGGGAAGCCAGUGGAGUCUCUGGUUUGGAUCCUCAGUGCUGUCUGUGGUUGAAAUGUUUGAGCUGCUCGUAGAUACACUGGUCCUGUCUCUCCUCUUCUGCUACCAAAGGUUCAGGUCAAAGAAGACGUUGAAAGUAGCUCACACUCCUACCAUCCCCAGCGUGAGCUUGACCCUAGAAAACUACCGAGUUGUGCAAGAAGAAGCUGGAAGAGGUGAUGAUUCUGCUCAUACUCCCCCUUCUGGGGUGACUAUUGCCAUGGGCAACAACAGUGACCUGCAUCUUCACCCACUCUCCAGCAAGGUGGAAAUGCCAGAGCUUUGCCCAGAUGUGGUGCUUAAUGGGUUUCGAUACACGAAGGACAGCUCUGUGGAAGGGGAACUGAAAGGGUAGGACGUGUCCGUGUGCACAGAGAAACGGGGCUCUUGAAACUCCCUGAACGCUCAGAAAGGUUGCAGACAGAAACGUUCUGGAUCCACCAUCUGCGAGCACCACACUGCUGAGCUCAGCAAUCCUCCUCCAGCUAUUACAAGUUCAUUGUUAAACCAUCCACGUGUCCUGGAUUCGGGCAUCAUGCAACGUUCUUUUUGUUCCGAAUGAGUAUCUGGGGAGGGGAGAACUGUACUCCUGCUCUCUGGGACCGCGGUCGAGUCCUCAUAAAAGCCUGUUCGUAGCUUUUAACUUUUAAACCCCUGUGAGGAAAUCAGCCUGUGGCUUCAGACGGGCCCGUCUACAUUUCACAGACGUACCGGAGAGAA